AUGAAGACGAGUGGUGCGCCGGCGCAGGGCGGCGGGGUCGUCGACCGGACUCCGUUCGUUCUUCCUCCAGCGCUCGAAACCUCCCCCUCCCCCUUCGCCCUCCGCUCGGCCGAGCCUGCCGCUCUCGCCGCGCCGGAGCGAAUUUCGCGCGGAAAACCAGUUUCCGAGUUCGCGCGGCGACGGUCCCCGACGACGGCUCGCGAUUUCGACAGCGCUCUUAAGGCUGCACCGACUGGACGUGCGCGAUCCGCUUCGACUCGUCACAUUUUAGCGGCGAUGACGCGCCCGCUGUUAAGCACCAUUACCAUAACGCCGUAUCGCCGACAGUCAGUGUUCGUU